UUCGUGUUUCUGUAGUUUGACAGAAAACAACCAGUUGGUUCGUGUUGUCUCCUCCUCAGCUGUUUCUGCAGAGACUUAACAAGGCCCUGACUGAGUGCGGACUGUUAGACUCCCUGUGUCCAUCUUAAAAGACAACACACAGAGAGACGUCCACAUGAUGCCAGACUACCGGGACGACAGUGAGCAGGACAGCAGCGCCCUCUGGAUCGAAGGGCGUCCACCUGCCUCAGGUGUCUCCAGGCUUAAACGCUGGUUGUUUCCUGCUCUGACAGCUGCAGCGGUCCUGGUUCUCAUCAUUGCACUGGGAGUCAGCUACACAAAAGCAUCCAAACAUCUGAUGACAGUGGAGCAGAGUGUUUCCAGCCUCAACGACGCCAUCCAGUCACUGAACGCCUCCCUGCAGCAGGCUGAAGAAACAGCUGAAGAUGUCCAGCAGCUGCAGCUUGCUGUGCAGAACAACAAGGACCAGCUGACCUCAGUGGUGGAGGCGCUGAAGCAGCUGUCGGCCUUGGACGCCCUCAGCCGGAGCGUCGCUGCACUGAAAUGUUCCCUGGAACACAUCAUCAACAACAGUUCGGCAGCGGCCGGGUGUUGUCCUAUGGACUGGGAUCUGUUCAGCUCCAGCUGCUACUUCUUCAGCAAAGUGUCUCUGUCCUGGGAGGAGUCCAGGGACUGGUGUGAGAAACAGGGGUCCCACCUGGUCGUACUCAGCACUGACGCGGAGUGGGACUUUGUGACCCAUCGUACAGUUUCUCAGACAUUCUGGAUCGGUCUGACUGAUGGGAGGACUGGGAAGUGGGAGUGGGUGAACCAGACUCCGUACGUCAUGGAGCGCAGGCGGUGGAGACCCGGUCAGCCUGACAACUGGUCAGGUCACGGUCUCGGUCCUGGAGACGAAGACUGUGCUCACCUUUACAAGGACGGGCGCCUCAACGAUCUCCACUGCUCCACCAGCAUGCAGUACAUCUGCCAGAAACACAGCCUGACAGAUUAAACGGACCUGCCACGCCCUCCUGGCUCCGCCCACCCUCCGUCUACCUGCUUCUCUUAAGCAGAGCACCACAAACUGAUAUAGACACCUCUGACUAGCAGCAGCUAGCAGCUCUCCCUCCAGUUUUCAGCCCUGACAGGAACCAUCAGUCAAAUCCAGACGACAAUAACACGGUGUACAAUACUUUGGUCCAACAUUGGUCCAAACCGCUGCUUGUUCUGAUUACAAUAAAUGUCUGAUGUG